GUCACAUUUCGUAGUGAACAGUUCUCACUAAGAGAUUACAAGAUGAAGGUCGUUCUAGUGUUUUUAUGUUUGCAACUGUUGCUCUGUUCUGCUCUGCUUCAACAAGAUGAAGGUAAGAUGAAGUACGAUACAGGAAAGUACCAGUCAAUUAUGAAGUGAAAAGAAUCUUAAUACAACAUUAAUAAGCUUAAUUUGUUACUCACCAACAUCGAGGAUCUUUAAACAGUGUGAUGGACCACUAAUUUAGGUCUUUGCGACUUUGCUUGGCCACAAUGUCCUAGAUAAAAAACAUAAUGUCAAACCCUACAAAAAAUUUGCUUGCUUUUCAGAGAUGGCUGAUGAAGCUAGCGGGAUGCCGACUAGGUAGGUGUGAGGUAAAAUUGGGGGGACAACUACAGUUCUGAUCCAAGCCUGUGUAGCUGGCAGAAGUUGUGAAGAAACACCCACCCAGCGGCGUAGCCAGCUCGAUAUAUUCAUGUUCUGCAUUAUUAAUUUCUUUUGAAAUCGAUUGUUUUUAACGAAUAUAUGAAUAUGGACCCCUCCCCCCCAGUUAUCGAUCUGGGGCCGGUUGUAUAAAAAAGUGAUUAAAGUUAACUAUAGUUAGUGGAAACGUCAUCCAAUAAGAAGCGCGUAUUUGAGAGUUAAUCACUAUUUAACUACAAAAUAUGAUUAAAAAAGUGAUUAAGAGUUUUAUACAACCGGCCCUUGGCUACGCCGCUGCCCCCACCCACAUUAACAAAUGUGUCAGUAAUACAGUGAAUGUAUACACAGUUUCCUAUUUGAACAUAUCUGCAGAUUAGACUUUGCGGAUACUUGCAGAUCGUUCGAAUUACUUACGAACAAACACUUGGUUUUAGUGAACCUACCAAGAUUGUGUUCAGUAAAGAUUGGAAAGAAACCCUGCACGGAACUUUGGUACCUGGGGACAAAGUUCGCAUAGAGUAUGAUGCAUCAAGAUUACCAAACCGAGAUACCCGAUACGGUCAGAGAGCCUGGGAUAUAUUUGCCGAGUUUCAAUAUUCCGAGGGGGGAAAAGCACUCUCUGUAUUACUGGAAGGUCCGAAUCAAUAUGGCGUUAUGAGAGCAACGUUAGAAAUCCCAAGCAACGCAACAGCAUUCAUCAUCUGGUUCAAACAUCACGGCUAUUACAAUGGUUAUUCAUACGACAGUAAUUUCAAUAAAAACUACAUAUUUCCCUUCACCCAAAUUGUGUUUACAGGAGACUGGCGCGAGUACGUUAAAGGGGCUCUGCAACCUGGAGGAAAGUUUCAAGUAGUUUACGAUUCAGUACGGUUACCAUGGCGUGAUAUUGGGUACUUAGGUAGGUUUAUGUAAACAACAUCACAUUUUAAAACAUGCCAACCCUGUGAUCAACCCAAGACGGUACUAAUACUUUUUGUCAACCUAGGUAUGGGCUACGCGUGGAAUAUCUUCGCACAUGCGCAGUUCUCCAAGAACGGGUCAGUGGUUCAACAGAUGUUGCAAGGAGGAAAUCAGGGGGGUGAUCCCAUUAUGACGACAAUUUAUGACAUCCCAAAGGAUGCUCAAAAAGUCAUAAUCUGGUUCUACUUCAGCGGAUAUCGACAUAAUCUGAAGUGGGACAGCAAUCACAACCAAAACUAUCACUUUUCUUUGAGUACAAAAUAAGCAUGCAACUUCAAGUCUUGUAAAGAAAAGAGAUAAAUAAAAUCUACAAAAACUAAACGUUCUUUAUUAUAUCACUAUAGAUUAAUAUACUAUAUAUAUGCCUCCUCUUCUGUGAUGAUAGGCUUUAAGAACAACUGUAAUCAUCCACCACUAAUCAGAGUGAGAAAAUAAUCUUUUCAUCAUCUGCAGUCAUCUUGUGUUUGAAGGCAAAUGAAUGGUUAUGGUUUACUUUAAGAAAUGUAGUUCAAUUGUUUUGGUUCUUGUGUCAACAUCUGCUGUCAGAAAACCAUCAAUAAUUUAGUCAACCAUGUUCGUGUCUCAACUUCGUAUAUUUGGGAGGAUCUCCUAUCCCUAUAUAUCCUAAACUUUCCAUCAUUGGGGUCAAGGCUACCAGUUGCUCUGACGAGAUAUUUAAGGACGAUGACGUCAUCCAUAAAUGUAAGGAGUCCGUAUAUAUUGGCUUGCGUACUUGGUGAGUUG